UUCCUUUACGCAGGUGUAGAUGGUGCAAAGGUCGAAAAUGUGUCUCUUGAAAUCUGCCAACAUCCUUGCAAGGACCUGGUUAAUUUACUGACAGAGAUCCAUGGACUGCGAUUUGUGACCAACAACCUGCUUGAAGACCUAGAAAAAAUAUCAAAGGAAAACAAGGAGAUGAGAUUCUAUUUGUCUGAACUGAACAACAGCAGCAGCAGCAUCAUGAGCAGUAACAUCAUCAGUAGAAAGAGCAGCAGUAGCAGCGGCAGCAGCAGCAGCACCAGCAGCAGAAGCAGCAGCAGCAGC